AUGAAGGCAACAAGUUCACAUUCUAUGAAAUUACCACAUAUACCCGCAACAAAGCGUGGCCGACAAACGAAUCAAUUGCAAUACAUGUCAAAAGUCUUGUUGAAGAUUUUGUGGAAACACGAAUUUUCAUGGCCAUUUCAAAAACCUGUUAAUCCUACGAAACUUAAUCUGCCUAAUUAUUACAAGAUUGUACGAUAUCCAAUGGAUCUUGGUACAAUUAAGAAACGUCUCGAAGCAAACUAUUAUUAUAGUGUUAAAGAAUGUAUUACUGAUCUAAACUUAAUGUUCACGAAUUGUUAUUUGUACAAUAAACCAGGCGAAGAUGUUGUCCUUAUGGGUUCAACAUUGGAGAAACUCUUUUACGAAAAACUUGCUGAUAUGCCAGAAGAUGAGAUUGAAAUUGUACCACAUUCAUCGAAAUCAUCUGUAUUAAAAACUGGUGGGGAUGGAAGUUUAUCGGUUUCUGUAGCUUCGCCAUCAACUCCUAGUGAACAUAUUAGCUCACCAUUACACUCGCCGUCAGCCCAUUCUGUAAAUAGCUCUCAGCCCAAUGGUACGAAUAUGUUAUCACGAAAUCGUACAUCAUCAACAACUAAUCCCAAUGCGAUAACAUCCCCAUUUUCUCCACUAAACAAUAAUUCAAAUCAUAUCGAUCAAAAUAGUCAAUCGAUGUCACCGAAAUUGUCAGGCGAACAUCAAUCUAUGUUGAAUUCAACACCAUUGGCGACUAAUGAUUUAUUUGCAUCAAAUUUCAAACGAAAACCCGAUCCAGACGACGAUGCAGCAACCAAACGUCCAAAUAGCACUACUGGACCCUUGAAACGUAUUAAAUAUGAGAAUAAUAUUCCUACGGAUGCUUCAGCUAAACGACCAAAGAAUCGUAUGACGGAACAGUUAAAAUUUUGUCUCAAUAUUGUCAAAGACCUAUUAAACAAAAAAAAUAUGGCAUUUGUGUGGCCAUUUUCUAAGCCUGUUGACGUUAAAACUCUUAACUUAUCUGAUUACUACCAGAUUAUCAAAAAACCCAUGGAUCUUGGUACUGUCAAGAGAAAACUUGAAAAUCGAGAAUAUGCAGCACCAGAUGAAUUUGCCGCUGAUGUACGACUUAUCUUUAGCAAUUGUUAUCUUUACAACGGGCCUCAUACAGAUGUUGUUGCCAUGUGUAAAAAAGUCGAACAAAUGUUUGAAGACAAAUUCGCUAAGCUACCUGAUGAACCACCGAUAACACACACAGAUACUGAUCCUACAACUUCCAGUUCGCGUAAUAAUGGAUUAGGAUCGUCGUCUGCUGUCAGAAAACGUAAACGUCAUUCGUCGAAACAUAAUAGUAGUGCUGGUGGACAUACAUCAUCGAUGAUUACAAGUUCAGACGAUGGUGCAUCAAGCGAUGAUAGUGCUGAGGAAUCGGAGAAUACACGGGAAAACACACUUCGACAACUGCAUUCUCUUCAAGAACAAGUGAAAAAUAUUGGUAACACAUUGACGUAUUUAAUUCAACAAACUAGUGAUCGAGUUACAUUGCGUUAUAAACGGCGAAUGAAACGUAAUAAAGGCAAAGGUCUCGGUUCUGACCCAUUACCUUUUAUCAGUACAGCAAAUGAUUCCAAUCGUUCUGCACUUGUAUCGCCGAAUAUAUUCUCUACUGUGCAAACACCAGCAGCUAAGAAGUCAUCAUCAUCAUCACUUGCAAGUUUACUCACAUCAAGUGCUGCUCCGACACCGAAUGGUACUAGUCAAUACAAUACGCCAUCCAUGGAUGCGUACAAUUUCGGAGAUAUUAGUCCAACAAAACAGACGAAGGCAACUAAAGCAACUGCAGCGAAAAAUAACAAUACUGGCAAAGGUGUCGAACAAAAUCGCCGUGCUGCUGGAACACCGGGCACAGGAGUUAAACGAACACCGAAAAAAGCAACUGCAGCGGCUGCCUCUGCCUCUUCAGUAUUUGACUUUCAAAGCGAAGAAAAUUCUAAACCAAUGACGUACGAUGAAAAACGACAAUUGAGUGUGGAUAUUAAUAAUUUACCAAGUGAAAAACUUGGACCUGUUGUUGAGAUCAUAUACAAACGAGAACCGUCAUUACGUGAUUCGAGCCGAGAUGAGAUGGAAAUCGAUUUUGAAAUACUUAAACCAUCAACAUUACGAGAAUUGGAAGCUUAUAUCAAUCAUGUCAUGAAACGAAAACCAAUUAAACAACAAAAUACAUCUGCAAUCAAAGAUCUCUUAUACAAUCGAUACUGGAAGCAGUAUGUCAAUAAUAAUUUUGUAUUGCUCAAUUGCUACACAUCGAGCAUUUAUUUAUCCUUCAUGCAUCGCGGAAAUGAUAAUAAUAUUGCACACACAAGAUUUAAAGUUUUGUGCAUGAACUUUCAGUUUAAGAAACAGAUAAAUGAAUCCAUCUAA